CCUCCAUGUUGCUAUAAAGAAGUCAUGCGCAUCACAUCAAACCAAUAUCAGUCGGUCAGUGAAACAAGAGAAGGAAGGAAGGAAAUUGCAAGAAACAGAAGCCGAAAUUUUCCCGGGUCUUCAACUUAUCUCGCUCCGCGAUGCUCUCAGAUGCAGACCGACCUCGGUACUAUAGGUCGGCCUCUCGCCUAACGGUGGCAGCGCACUUGUUUGGGCUCCUCUCUGUCGUCCUCUUGCUCAUCUGGUUACUCCACUACCGCGAGGGCUUGAACUAUUAUUCCGGCAACGCGUACCGAGUUUUCAAUAUUCACCCAUUCCUUAUGGUAUUUGGGCUUAUCUUCUUCAGCGGUGAAGCGAUGAUGGCGUACAAGACAGUCGUCGCGACGAGGGACGCUCAGAAGUUCGUUCACAUGUUUCUCCAUCUCAUCGCGUUCACCCUCGGAGUCGUAGGCAUUUGCGCGGCUUUCAAGUUCCACAACAUGGAGCAAUUGGAGGACAUGAACAGCUUCCACUCGUGGAUCGGCAUCGGCACCAUCUCCUUGUUCGCACUCCAGUGGCUAGUUGGCUUCUUCACCUACAUGAUCGGAGGCGCGUCGACCACGACCAGACUGAGAAUGAUGCCGUGGCACAUAACCGGAGGGAGAGCCAUCCUGUUCAUGGCGAUAUGCACGGCCUUGACCGGGUUGAUGCAGAAGGCUACUUUCUUGCAACUCAAGCACGAGAGAGAAGCGCGCCUGGUCAAUUUCACCGCCGUCUCCAUCCUCCUCUUCGGAAUCUUCGUCGAUCUCUCCGUCUCUCUCGCUCAUUACGUGUGAUUCUUGUACCCCGAUGCUCGAUUCGAGAUAUACAUAUGGACCUUCUUUUUCUUGGACCAUUUGCUUUUUUCUUUGCCCCCCCUUGUUGAGAGUGUGAUCUGAUUAAAUACCGAUUGAUUGUACUGGUAUCUCUUGUCAUAAUUUAUUGGUUAUUUCGGUUUCCAUUUCAAGA